GCAAGAGCAGGUACCUGAUGGGGCCAGCACAUGCAUCCUAAGGGCAUCCUACAGAGGGCCUUCACUGACAUCCUCACCUAUGCCAAGGCUGUCAGGUCCUAUUUCUGUUUGUUCAGAGUUUCAUAUAUUGAGAUCUACAAUGAGAGAAUAGAAGACCUGCUUACCACCACACCACCACCACCACCACCACCACCACCACACCCUCCCUGGAGCUGGUGACUGACUGUGGUGGGCGCGUGGUGUGGUAUGGUGCUAGGGAGGUUGUCAUCACCAAGCUACAAGAGCUGGAGGACCUCUACGCCCAGGGCCACAGCGAGCACGUGAGGAGGGCACGCAGGACCAAGGGAAGGCUGGAGGCAUCACACACUGUCUUCCGCAUUAUCAUGGAGAGCUUGCCACGCUACAGAGACUACAGCAGGUGGGAGGAGGUGUCUGUGGCCAUCUCCUUCCUCGACUUUGUGACAGUGGCCGGUGUGGAGCUUCUGCCGGCCCUGGGAAGUGUCACGGAGGAGCUGAGGGGCGGCCCGGCAGUAACGCAAUCUCUGUUUACUUUGCAUAAUUUUGUUGUGAGUGAAUGCUCCAAUAAGAGCAUGCUGUACGAUGGGCGGCGGACAGUGCUGACCCGGGUGCUGAGGGAGGCGCUGGUGGGGGACAGUCACUCCAUUUUCUUGUGCACCUGCAGCCUGGCCAACACCACCCACACCCUGGACACUGUCAGGUUUGGUGAUGCUGCAGCCUGGCUGGUGCAGCACCCCACACGCAGGCUGUACCUGGCCAGCCUGCUGCACACCACCACCGCCGCCAUCCUGCACAGCCACCAGGCCGCCCGUCGCUUGCUGUGCUCCAAGAGGGUGUGUGGGAAGACACACGGUACAGCUGGGAGUGGCCUGAGGAAGGAGCAGCAGGAGGAGCAGGAGGAGCAGGACAGCAGAGUGAGGCAGGAAGUAAGAAAAAUGUUGGGUCUAGCUCGAACCAUCUUUCCUAUCAACACCAGCAUCAACACCAAGAGAAAUGAGCUUGAGUCUGAGGAGGAGCCGGUGGUGGCCAGGAAGAGAGGCAGGCCGAGGAAGUACCCUGUCAGAUUCAAGCCUUUCGGGAGGGAAUGCCCCACUAAGAUAGACUACCUCGCCCUGUGGAAAUCUCGUUACCUCAACUCCGAAGACCCAAGGCAUGAGAGAGGCAGGAAGCAGAAGAGAGAGAGAGAGGAGAAGUUCUACAUGGCUGGUGCAUUCACCCUGACCACCACCUCGAAGCGUCACGGCCUCAGACACCUGUACAAAACGGGCAGCCUGAGGACCUCGGACACUAGCACCUACUAUGGGGGUUACCUGAAGGAGGGGCUGAAGAAGAAGGAGGAAGAGGAGCGUGGGGUGAGAGAAGAGGAUGAGAAGGAAAAUGAAGAAAUGGAAGAAGAAAAGGAGGAGGAAGAGGACGAGGAGUGUAAGUUUGGUAAGGAGUGUGUAUGGGUGAGAGAAGAGGAUGAAGAGGAUGAGAAGAAAAAUGAAGGAAUCGGAGAAGAAAAAGUGAAGGAAGGGGAAUGUAAGAGUGUAUGGGUGAGGGAACAGGAGGAUGAGAAGGAAAAUGAAAGAAUAAGAGAAGAAAAGGAAGAGGAAGAGGAGUGUGAGACUGAUAAAAGAAAAGAAAGGGUAAGAAGAGAGAAGGAUGAGAAGAAAUGCAGGGUAGAGAAGAAAAAUGAAAGAAUAAGAGAAGAAAAGGAAGAAGAGGAGAAAUGUCAAGUUAAUAAGAGAGAUGGAGAAAAGAGAGAAGAAAAGAAGGAGGAGGAGGGGAGAGAGGGAUAAAAAUGAACAUGAUAAGAUGAAUAAAGGUCAAGAAACAAUGACAGAAGAGAAGGAAGAAGAAGAGAAUAAAUCAAAUAAUUGUAAGAUAGAUAAAGAUGUAAGAAUGAGAGAAGAAGAGGAGGAGGAGGAGUGGGAAGAUAUGGAAGAGUGGAUAGCAAUAAUGGAGGAAAAUAAUUGGAGAGAACAGGAAGAAGACAGAAAUGAAGUAAAUAAGGAGGAAAUAGAGACUGAAAACAAGGAAGAGGAAGAAAGCAAAGGCAGAAAUAAGAAACAGAAGAAAAAGGAGGAAGAAAAGAAGAGAUAUAAGAAUGAGGAAAAUAAGGAAGCAGGGAAAGACAAGAAAAAGGAAAAAAGAAACAAGGAAGAGGAGGAGAGAGAGGA